GGAAGAGUAAAUUCUAUAUGAAAUGAUAUGCAAGGUUAAGUUUUUAGUUUGCAUCCGUUGGAUGUGGUUCCUGUAAUUACGCAUAUUUUUUGAUCGUGGGGACUGCAUUGUCCCUGUUUUUCUUUUACCUUCAUACUACUGGAAAAUGGCGUAUGGACAAAGCUAAAUGCAGUCCGGAGCCAUAUAUUGAACUGAACUGAACUGAUAUGUAAGAUAAAUCACCACCAUGGCGACUUUUAGACAUCUUUCUGCUAAGACAAAGGAUGAUGAAAAUGAUCUCUUGCGCCAACAAGAGGAAUUUUUAAAAGCAAAUCAGCAACCCUCUGCCAGGAUAGUAUAUCCAAAAAAUACUGUUAAAAACGGUGGAUCAAGAUUCUCUAAGGAAAGAAAAUUUAAGUCAAAACAAGAAAUAGUCUCUACUUCACAAAGCAAUGGAGAGAUGAUAAAUCCUGUUGUCAAGGAAAAAAUUCAGGAACAGAAGCUAGAAGAUGCAGUACAAAACAUACCUGUUACACCGUCAAAUAUUAUACUUAGUAAUGUUGUAGAAAAGAAGCAUCAAAUCAAAAAAUAUAAGUUUGACAAUAGUCGAAUCUCUCUUGCAAGUGAAAUGGGAUUUCCUAAAACUUUUACAUCUGACAAUAUGGAGAUAAACAGAAAUCACAAUUUAUUCAGGCAUAAUGUUCCAAUUUUGGAGUCUCUAAAACAUGAUUCACUGAAAGUUCAAGACGAUGAAUGUAACAAUGACAUGGAACAGGCUAGUAGUAUAAUCAAAGAUCAACUGGCUGCUGAGAUUCAUAAAGAAAAUUUAGAGAAACUAGCUCAAAUGAGUGAAAAAGAGAUACUGAAAGAAAAGAAGAACCUUGAGAAGAGUCUUGAUCCUAGUAUAAUACAAUUCUUAAAAAAUAAGAAUAAAAAGUCUGGAAAGAGACCACUUGAUCAGGACGUUACAAUGCAACAUGAUAUUUUGAUGAAUGAGGAAAGGAUAAAGAAAAAUGCACCUGACGACAGAAAUAUAGAACUUUCUUCAGAUGAUAAUAACACAAAAAUGGAUUGUGAACCAAAUUCAACAGACGUACCAAAGCCAUCAAAAGACAUAUUAGACAAAAGUAAACAGGAAGGUUGGCUCCACAUGAAUGACCCUGAACUAGAAAAAUUCAAAUGGAUGGAGGACUUGCCCGUGCAGAAGAAUGACGAGCCGACUUCGGACCAAUGGUACAAUGCACGAUUUGAUUUCAACGGUCUUUUGUUGCCAUACAAAGACGAAAGCCUGACCGUCGACAAAGGUCUCCAUCAUCAUGGAGAAGAGCCUGAACGUCCUGGGUAUUCCCUGCAAGAAUUACUGCAACUUAGCAGGUCUUUCACGCAACAGCAACGAUGCACAGCUCUCGUCACCCUGGCCAAUAUUAUGGAGAAAACGCGUAAAGGCUGGUACGAUGACGCCCUGCAACCGGCACCACUGAGCGCUUUGAGCCAGAAGAAUAUUCUUCUGCUGUUAAGAUUCUCCCUAGACAACACGUCCGUGGGCAUAGUGACGGCAGCGUUGCAAGCGCUCCGAGCUUUCCUGUGCAGUGAAGCGGACGAGGUAUGCCUGGAUAGAUUGUACGGAUUCGACGGUCAAGUGGAACCAACCCUGACGCCGCAACUCGAGGACAAGGAUACGAGUAGUCUAAAGGAUCACGAGUUGGCGCAAUUGGACACUGUGGCUGCAUUAGUGAGAUCGGAUAUCCUGUUGAGAAUUAGAUAUAUAUUGAAUGAAAUGCAUCCACCGCCUGUUGGAGUAAAGAGUGCCUUAGAGAUACUCAUUCGCGUUGCAAGACACUCGCAAAUAACUGCGUUGAAUAUCUCAUCUACGCCGUACUUGUUGGACAUUAUUAUUCACAAUUUCAUGCCUUUGUCUACGGAUCGAUUAGCAAUGCUGGAUACGAUAAAUAAUGCUUAUGGGAUUCCGGUGGUUAAAGCUGUUAAAUUAUGUCGCGUCCUUGUUACGUAUGGCAAGAAGCCUGUCGCGCAAAAGUUGGAUAACUUAAAAGUUAUCCAAAUCAUCCUGACAUACGUUAGUAGCGAAACAGGAAAGAAAGAUGACAUUAAUCUUAGCAUCGAGAGCCUGCGGCUUUGGUGUUUAUUAUUGCAAUACGAAGUGGGGUUGGACAGUGUCGCUGGCGCUCAGUUGAUCCUAUUGUCACAAUUGCAGCUGCUGCUGAGUAACCACGAUAUUCAAAGCACGUCCGAGUUAGCAUGCGAACACGCAGCUGCGUUAAUCGCCGUAGCGAGUCACGAAAGAACACUGAAGCCGAACAUCUCUAUCUUGUUAGCGAAAUGGAGUACUCAGCUGUCAACAGUAUCUAGCAUGACGUGGGGCGUUAUGAAGUUAAUCUCAGAGACUUUAUCGGCGGCCGAUGAGAUAUCUGUCUUCCGAACCACGUGGAUCUUCAACCAGCACCUUUUCUCGACGUUUCGAUCCAAUUCAAAUUUACUGAGCGACAGUAAACCGGCUGUUGAUCGAGAACCCUCUUGUCUACCAAACCUGGGUGUUCUGAUGAAGAACGGAGAGCUGCAGCCGAUCGUGUCUCUAAAUUCUUUCAUACCAUUCUUAGCGACGGUGUUAAAUAAGCUUUGCGAUAACUUGCGCAUGACGGAGAUUCGAGCGAUAUUCGAGCAACCGUCCCUCCGUAAAUACGCAAUAGACUUGGAGGCGGCCGAGUGGAGUUUCGAGGGAUCAUGGUACAGCAGAACGGAGUUCUACUUAUUAAUGGCGAUGGUGAGAGCAGCGUCCCUCCUGAGUGACACGCUCGACCACGCAACGGCGCAAAUCGUAUGGAAGAUCACAAUCAAGCUUAUAUCAGCUUUACCCGCGGACGCUGCUCAUCACGUGAAAGAUCUCUUGCGAAUCGCAUUGUCCAACGAGAAGCUGAAUCUGGAGAUCGUUACGAAUAAGAUGGCCAAGAUGAAUCUGACCUCUGCUGUGAAUUCACCAGUUAAGAUGAAUUUGUGCAACGAUGUAGCUUCGUUGUACGAGAGUUACGUUAGCCCUUGCGGAGACUGGAGCCAAGCGGCGAUGCCUAAAGACUGGCCGUUCCUGCCGUUGGUUCACAUUUACAACAAAUGCAAGAACAACGUCAGGUUACAACCGGAGGAUAAUAACCGCAUCGUGGCUGUGCUGAGUCUGGCGUUGGUCUUGCCCAAUCUCACGGAGAAACUGUCGCCUAGUUUGAGGUUCAGUAGACUGAUACUGACGUACCUUUGCGACACGAUAUACUUGGACAAGGACGUUUCCCUGCUGCUCGCUAGCGUCAUGUCCGACCUGUUGAAAAGACACCACGCGAGACUAGACUUCAGAACGGAAUUGCCGGGUCUGAGCUCCUUCACCGACCUGUUCACGGCAAUGUGCGAGAACUUCUGCUCGAGCUCGUACGGUGACGACGGCUUCGCCAUGAUUUUAUUGGUGCCUGUGGCGCAACGGCACGAUACAUACUACAGGAAACUACUGUGGUCGGAACAUGCAGGCGCGCUUCGGUACUUGAGACUGCCGUCGAGCAGGUUGGUGGUGCCGUUGAAGGAUUACCUCUAUCCGGAGGAGGAGGACACGUCCCUGAUCGAGAGUUACAUCACCGCGCUGAUCCGCGGUAUGGUCAGGGAAGCGUGGUGUCCCAUCCCGUACGCGAUCGCCCUGCACCACUCGGCGAUGUACCUCAAGCGCUCGAAUAAGCUUGCGGGGCGGAUGCGAACGCAGAUGGAGAAGUUAUGCGACAAGGACGUCGCCAGCAAGAUACUGCAGUACGAGCCGCCGCGGUUAUAAGUACUGCUGCACACUGAGACCCAACACGAUGAAUACGAUUGCAUACGAUGGUGCGAAUAAUGGGCCUUUCUUCUUCGGUUCUUAAAGUGCGAUUUCAGAUUUCUUCAAAUUUCGCGAUUUUAUCGUUACAAUCUCAAUUUGUUGUAGUUCUCGUUGGAAUUCGCAGCGUAGAUUAAUACGAUUUGUAUUCCUGCACGGGAUUUAUUUCAGUCAAAGUUAGAAAGUACAUUAUAUAUUUUGUGUUACUGUCGGAUGCGCGUAAGUAUAUAUACCGUGCGCGAACGAGACAUUUGUACUUACACGCGUGCGACGACGUAGCUUCAUUAAAGUCUAUUAAACAAGAGAGUAGAAACAACCUGCAUUGGUUACAGUAAGCGUAGAGGCACUGAUUGGUCACUUCGCUGAUUGCCAAAGUUUCCGAGUACUUAAAGUGCGUCGAGUUCCUAUCGUAUAGCGUAAUGCAUCUGAGAAUGCUUCUACAUUAAUUAAUUCACCCACGAUCUCUUCCUUUAAGCGGUGUACACGCACAAGAAUGGUGUACGCGUCUCGGGCCCGUCGGAUCUUUCAUCGGUAAAGAAAGAAGGAAACUUCUCCGUAAGAAACGACGGAGUAAAAAUCCUCGAUUUCCUUUCGGAAAUGUGAACAUAGAGAAAAAAAAGAAGAGGCGGAGAUUACUGUAAAUAAGAGAGAAAGAAAUAACACCGAAGCGAACGCGCACAGCGUUAACCCCUAA